AUGGCUGCUCUAUUCCGGCAACCACGAGCGAUAUGCCAAUGCCGACGCACAUUCUCGACCUCAUCAUUACGAGGAGUCAGUCUACAAUGGGACAAAAACGACCCUGAAGCCCUCGCCGAAGUCCUCCCUCCCUAUCCACACGGUCCCACGAGAUGGUUCAGGCAAUCCCGAUUAGGUCUCUACGGCGGCCAGCGCAUUCAAUUCGGCAACAACGUUAGCGAGGAGUUCAAGACGAAGACGCGGCGAUCAUGGCACCCCAAUAUCUUCACACGGAGACUCUUCAGCAAAGCAUUGAAUCGCCAUGUCCAGGUUCGCGUGAGCGCGCGUGUGCUCAGGACCAUCGACAAGCUGGGCGGUCUUGAUGAGUAUCUGCUUGGGGAGAAGUCGGCGAGGAUAAAGUCACUGGGCGAGUCGGGUUGGUGGCUGCGAUGGGCGAUCAUGCAGACGCACACCGUGAAGAACAGAUUCGCUGCUGAGCGUCAAAGACUUGGAUUGCCUGCUGAUCGGUCUGAGCUGGAAGCUGUGGCAGAGACUCUAGGCGAGGAAGAGGAUGCAUCACUGGACGAAGAGGGCCUGGAAUCUGUGCCAAUGGACGACGCCUUUCAAAUCGAGCAGAGCGCAGAUCUGCCACCCAUCAAGUUCCGAGUGGAUCGAUUCAAGCAUGUAAUGCUCACAUCAAAUGGCUGGGUGCGAACAAAGCCCAGUCCUGACCACGCCAUCCAGAAAGCCAAGGAUAGGGUGCAGGAGAAGUACUUCCCCCAGUACGUGGAGAAGAGACUGGAGGCUUUCGAGGCUGAUCUGAAGCACAAGCUCGAGCCUGUAGAGGAAGGCGAGGAGCCAGAGCUGGAAUUGAGUGAACGUCAAUACAAGGAGCUUGUAAAGCAUACGCGAAGGGAAUUCAAGCGUGAGCUGAGGCAGUUGGUGGAUAGAAAGUAUGAGAAGGAGCUGGCAUUCAAGGAGUCGAAGAAGCAAGCAAAGCGUGAGCACAAGUCGGCGGCCAAACAAGAUGCGGAAGAGGAGCAGGACGCGAUAGCAGCAUGA